AUGCUGGAAGCAACAAGCAUGAGCCAUGGAAAACAAAUUCUGGCGGGCAAAAAGCUACAGAUCUGUAUUCAGAAAGCAGAAGGUUCGGCGACGCAACAGCAAAACUCGCAUACUUUUUCCGGAAGAGGUCAACCUGUCAGCGAGUGGUGGGCUGGUAUUUUGCAAAUGGAACAGGGUGAGAAGCCAGAUGAAGAUAAGUCAGUUUUAUUGGAAGGAGGUGGGAAACCGGUAGGAGCUAGUGAUUCAACUCAGCCAGAACAACCAGGACCGACCAGGUCAUCAGAAGUCCACAACACUCGAGAAUGGUCUGCGGAAGCCGAGGAGACAUCGUGGUUGGCAGAGGAGGCGCGGGCAGUAGCUUCAAUAACGUUGACACUUGAAUAUUUGAUUCUGUUAUAUGCGAUGUUGGCUGCUUGCUUCGUGCGUUUUGUAUACGACGCGUUCUCGAAACUGUUUGACUUGUUUUAG